GUAUGGCCAAACAGGGUCUGGGAAAUCCUACACGAUGAUGGGAAACGACGAAGAAGAAGGAAUAAUACCGAGGAUCAUCGAGAGCCUGUUUGAAUCUAUGAAGCAUGAUACCACAGGAGAAACGAAGGUAUGGGUUUCUUAUAUAGAAAUAUAUAAUGAGAGAAUUCAGGAUCUUCUCAGUGCGGGUAGUAAGGGUAUCUUAGCGUUGCAGAUUUUUGAGCAUCCGAAAUUGGGCGUAGUGGUACCGGGAAUUUCAGAAUGCCCUGUGGAAAGUGUUGAGGAGGUA